AUGCCCACAAAGUCAAGGCCAACAACAGCCCUCGUCUUUGGUCAACAGGCAGAGACGCUCCAGCCCCACCUCCUCCCUCCUCCACUUCAAGAUACUGAAUCGCUCUCUAGUGACGACUUUGUUCUGUCAGCCUCAUCUUCUUCGUCCGCACCUACUGGCACUGCAACGGCAGCAGGAGGGGAUAGCCAUUCCAAGGUGCCUUCCGCACGCAGUGGACUCAAGACCAUAUCAGACUCCUUAAAUCAGGACGACCAGAGCUCGGAGAGUAGUGACGACGCAGAUGGUCGAUUGACUGAUACAGAGAGCGAGCAGGUCCGGGCGCGAACCAGAACAGGAACACCUGUCAUCGCAGGGCGUACAAACAACCAUCAUCAUGGAACUACAGAACAUGGAACGACUACCAGCAGCGCGUUGCAGUCGCUUCGAGAGAUUGAGGAGCAUGAUCACGAGGGUCGCCAGACACAACUCCAGGGGCUCGAGUCUAGAUUUCGCACAACGACUCUGGUUGCUCAGGAUCAGGACCUGACGAGCGACGGCGGUGACAACCAACUCAAGGUUCUUCGCCCAAAGCCCAGUAGCGGCAGUGUCGGCAAUAACAGUCUCAGUUCACGACCAAAGUCGCAUUUACAAAGGACAGCAUCAAUGAAGUCAUACGACUCGGACGACAUUUCGAACAACCAUGGAGGAUACCAGAAGCACUAUGGCGAUGAAGAUCAUACCACCAGCGCAUGGACGGAACAUCGCAAACACUUUUUCAUCCUCAGCAGUGCUGGAAAGCCCAUCUAUGCCAGAUACGGAGAUGAGUCGAGGAUAUCGAGUUACAUGGGCGUCAUUCAAGCCUUGAUCAGCUUCUUUGCAGACAACGAUGAUACACUUCGGUGUAUUAAUGCCGGCGAACAUCGUUUUGUCUUUUUGCUCAAGGCACCCUUGUAUCUCGUUUGUGUUUCUCGCUCAGGAGAGUCCGAGUCCCAGCUUCGAGACCAACUUGGGUACCUGUAUGCGCAAAUCAUUAGUGUGCUCACACAGUCGCAGAUGACCAAGAUUUUCGAACAGCGCAACAACUUUGACCUGCGAGGACUCAUCGGCGGGACAGAGAUCUUUUUGGACAGUCUGGGCAAGCUGAUGAACACCUACCCCGGGUUCAUGCUCGGUGCCAUCCAAUGCCUUACCAUGCCCCGCGAACUUCGCGACAAAGUUGGAGCCGUCCUCGGCCGUGCCAAAUGCAAACCGCUGCUGUAUGCGCUGUUGGUAACGCCGACACAGCUGAUUACGCUACUUCGACCACGAACACACUCAAUGCACCCUGCGGAUUUGCAUCUAAUCUUUAAUCUGCUGUCGGGGUCGACCACAUUUGAGAGUUCAGAGUCGUGGACACCUAUCUGUCUGCCAAAGUUCAACAACAAGAGCUUUUUGCACGCCUAUAUUUGCUACAUUGCCAAGAAGGUCUGCAUGCUGCUAAUCUCGCCAGACAAGGACAGCUUCUUUGAAAUGUCCAGCGUCAAGCAGAAGGUAGUUGAAGGUCUUGAAGCAGGAGGCAUGCUCGCCUCGUUGGAGAACUAUGCAGCCGCAGGGACUCGAGGCGGGUUUUCCGUCGGUGAUACCGGUAUUCCGGGAUUGCGGCACUUUUUGUACAAGUCGCGUGUAAAUGUUCAGUUUACUAUGCCCGAGUUGACUGAGCCUUAUGCUACUACAACUGCAAGGAAGCGACUCCUCCGACAGUACCAGAACAUGAAUGAACGGAUGCAUCGGAAAACCCGCCCCCUCAAGCUAUUGUUCCAUGUUGGCGAGCAAGAAACCUUACUUGGCUGGGUGACAUCGGGAUUCGAGUUGUAUGCAGCGUUCGGACCGUUGGUGUCGAAGAGUGCCGUUGUUUUGAUGUCGAACAAGUUGCUCAAGUGGAUUCGCAAGCAGGAAGACAGCCUCUUGAUCCUCAACUCUCCUAGCUUUGAAAAGUUCAAAUGA